AUGAAGAAAGAUCAGAAGGCGUUGUCUCCAGAAGUUUCUUUCCGAAAGAAGGGCGUGCAUGGUUUACCUCUCGGCCAGGUUUUGCAGAACAUAACGAGGUAAGUUGGAUAUGGCGAGACCGGAAAGCCGCCGAAACGCUCAUUUGUCUUCGUUCUGGCGUGAAGGCCGCGAAAACCGUUGAUUCGAGAGAUUUCCGGCGCCCACGCUAACUUUUUUAUCUCUGAUCGGCUGUAUGGUUUACGAAUUGGGGUUUCGACUUGCAGAACUAUAUGAUUAGACGUUCUUUGUAGGCAACUAGUUCUGAUAUCGAACUUGAAGUCUCCGAGAAAAAUAUGAGUAUAGCACAAAGAACUGUAGACUCAUUAUACAAAAAUUCUCUUAAAUAUACAAACUUUACUGUAAAGUGAUCGUCUAAUUCUUUCGAAGAGAACAAGUUGAAAUUGUUUUUUUUUCGAUUUUGAUAGUGAUCUGCGUUGAGAAGGCAUUCUAUGGAAAUUAUUUUUCCAAUUUAGUGUAAUUUUCUAUUCAACCUCUUGAGAACUUUUUGAAGGCCUAAGUAGAAAACUAAUUCUUCAAUAUGCCAGCUAAAUGAAAGGCUGGCUGGAAACGGGUCAAGAUUAAAAAUAUUUUUUAUCGUACGGUGUUCAAAAAAUUCGUGUACACACCUGCACAAGAAGCGUAAAAUUUUACGGAGCUUGUGUUUAAAAUUUCCCUCCAAAAUUUUUAAAAAAUUUCUUAUCUCUUCCGGAAGAGAGGAUUUUCCGUAUUAUUCGACUCUUAGCGUUCUUGCGAACCAGGAAAUGAGUUUUCCAGUAGUGAAACUUUUUGGUUGUUAUAAAAGAUUACGAUCCUCACAAAUUUUUGAGAAUUUGGGUAAAUUUAAGUGUGUUGUAGGCGCCAUGAUGAUCGUAGCCUCGGGAGAACUUCAUAGAACUGCUGGAGUGGAUCAGGAAAACUCGAAAGAAAGAGAUGUACGAAACCAACCUGUUGAUUAUAUUUUGAAGUUGCAGAUUUUUUAUGAUCUAUCAAAUUCCGCUUCGAUAUGUGAAGUUUUGAAAAAAAAACUUCAGGCAAUUUUAGUCCUAAUUUUUGAAUUUUCUGCAUUUUGGCUCAAAAAAUGCUCUGCCUCUCCCACCACAUGAUCAAAGUGAUAGUUCUCUUUUCAAUCUUCUUAUUGGUUUCUAAAGAUUACGACAUUUUUUCAUCAUAAAUCACGACAGGUAAAACCCUUCGAGAAUCCAAAACCUUCGGGAAACCUUGAAAAAUGAUGGUAAUUAAUUGAUUCAGGGUGAUGAUAAUGAUAAGCGCCGCCCCGUUUCGCGCCUUCAUAUUUCGUUGCAAUUUACGGUGUAGGUUUCGUCGCGAAACGCUUUCCAGUUCAAGGACGCCACCAAUUUAUCAAAAAAAACUGUUCUUCUGAGGUGUUGUUCCAACCUACUUUUUUUGUUGCGAUUCUUUUUGUUUCAAAACUUUUUGAAAAAUUGACUUUUUGAUGUUAAAAAAAUUUCAGCUUUAAAGCUUUUACUUUUUGAUAAGAUUUGAAAUCUCAGGAAGGUUUUUAAAAAAAUCUUAUUUUUUUCAACUAGUUUUUUUCUUUGUCAUAGUUUUCAUUUUAAAAAAAUCGUCAAAAAAAGAAAAAAAAACGGAUUUGCUGAUCCCUCAUUGAAUUUUUGUUUCCAGCCAAAAAAAUAAAUCCUUUUUUUAUUUGAAAGGAUUUGAGGAAAUCAUUCAAAAAAAUUCGAAAAAGUUUUCAAUGGUUUUCAUGGAUUCCUUUGAAACAAGCCUUGGAAAAAGGCUGCUCGAUAUGUUUUUUUAAAAUAUAUUAGAGCCAUAUAUGUAUAACAGUUUUCAAACUUAUUAUAUAAAUUCAAUAAAGUUCUUUAACUAUUUUUGGAAACGAAGAAGAAUAACUUUUCUUCGGUAACCGUUUUUUUUCACAUUUUUUUCCAUAACUGACCGCAAUGCACCCAAUUUUCUGAACCAGUUUCUCUUCUCAAUCUCUUUCCCGUCUAUCUGGAACAGCCCACAAGAACGAACUGAUCUUUUGUCAAAGUAAAAAUUUGCGCAAAAUUUCAAAACCGUUAAGACGCGAAUGGGCCAUUUGAGUAGGUUCCUAGCAGUUUAACUCCUGUCUCGUUUCGCCCCAAAGGAGUGACCUUUCGCGAGUUUCCUUUCCUAAAAGCUCUUCAUAAACCUGUUCAUUUUGGUUUGAGGACCCAGUCUGACUCAUUUCAUUUUCUGCAGCCAAACAUGCAUUUGGCGCUGGUCGUCGCGGCUUCUCUCCUGGUGACAAGUCUCGACGCGCAAGCUUGCAUCUACAAAGGGGAGAAGUUCAACAACGGCGACACUUGGGUGAGUCGACGUCUUCUUCUGAAGACGUGCAAGAAUUCUAGGUGGCGAGGUCGACGUUCGUCCUCCGCUGUGAGGUCACCAAGGCCGGCUGGAAGGCCAACGUCAUCGGCUGCAAGACGCAGAACGGCGUCGUCGUCGCUCCCGGCCAGACUGUCCACGAGGGAAACACGGUCAGUCGGUUUCAGGAGAACUCCUAGACAGUUUGGAAAUGGAAGUACUGGGUUAAUUUAGUGAUGAAUUGAGCCUAGAAUCGUUUAAAGAAGAUGACCCCAUCUUCCUUUAUUCAGAUUUCAAGAACAAAGGCAUAAUCUUUGAACAUUUUUCUAAUAUCAAAGAAUUUUCACCUCGGAAACACUCAUUCUUUUCUAUUUCUCCAACCGGUCAUCUCUAUCACCUCCUUUCCAAAAAUGGCAACAGAGAGCCUCCUUGAGAGUUUGAUGAACAGUUUUCGUCCCCCAAGACGACAUUUUUUCUGCCAAAAUCAGGGCGCAGACAUUUUUAAAGGCGCCAGCGAAAGAUAAGAUCGCGCCUGUUCUGUUCAUGAAUCGUGAUCAUUAUUACAAUUAAAUGCCUACAGAAAUACGAAUGUGUGGCGGCGGCUAACGGCCGUGUCGAAAUCCGCAGGACUUUGGAGGUCAACGGAAGGGCCAAGACAUGUGGAACUCACGCCUUAGGUGAAGAGUCGGAAUGUAAAAUGGACUGACUUCCUUGAAUCCAGGAGAUUCCUGGAUCGCCGAGAAGAAUUUCAUGGAGACUUGUACCCCAUCAGGAGUCAAAGUUCUCAACUGCCUCUCCGAUGCCGGCAUCGCCAUUCCUCUCAAUGGAAGCUUGGUUCUGAGCGGAGUUACCUACAAGUUUGUUCAUAUUGAAAAAACGUAGAUAACAGCUAUAAACUUCGAAAAACUGAAAAAAACGGUCGAACUGUUUCAAACCUUGGUGAAUGGAUUAAAUCACAAAAUAAACAUUUUAGCUGCAUCCAGCAACCCAACGGCACUGUGACCAUUCGCCGUGAUGUCACUCCGACUACCGUCCAAUCGAGGACGACUACAGUAAAAUAUAAUUUUAGGAGCUUUUGAAAGUUUUCUUUUCAGCUCAGUCCAGUUGAGGAGUUCGGGCCAAUGUACAAGAAGAACCCGACUCUUGGCGAUGUGAGUUGGCAGAAAUAAUAUCAGAAAUAUAGCUACUCCUUGAAAAACCAACAAACUUAGCUUCAAGCUGUGGAGGAAGAAUCCACACUCUUUAAAGUAAAAUCAUUAGGCAGCGCCAUAGAAAACAGAAUUGUUUGCUAUUUCGAUUUCUGAGAGAAUUUUGACAGAAAAACAAAUUCAUCUAGACUAAAUUAGUACUGCCUUGAAAUGACUUGGCCGCAUGUAGAAUGGCUCAAAUCGUCGAGGUCGCGUCGCGGUUUGAGUGAGCUUACAGGAAACUUCCUAUUCACGUGCAGAAAACUUGUUUAAGGUCGAAACUGCUUCAAAGCAGUCUCUUUAAUUGCGUUAGAAUUACAAAUUUUGAUAAAUAGUGUAUACAGAAAGCUGUACUUCUCAUGAAACCAAAACUUUUGAUAAGAAAAUCUUGAAUUGAAAUAAGUUUUGUUUUAUAGUUGAUUCUUCUUGAUUGAAAGACGACUUGGAGAGAUUUUCUUAAAUAUUUUUCCAAGGUUACGUUUGACCUCAAAAUUCUUGUCAAAAGCUGCCCAUCCCGUCUUUCGCCUUUCGGGAAGAAUUGACUAAAAAAUGAGUAUUUCGUUAACAUCUCCCAUAAGAUCAUCGGCAUAAAAAGUGUUCAUGAUCAGCCAUUUUUCUUUUCGCAUCGAUUUGUUCCAACUUGAGAUUGUGGACAAGAGUGGAAAGAACAAAGUGGAAGUGACAGCGUCGACGCAGGUUUCGGAGAUGGGCGGCGGCAACGACAUCACGUGCAACUUCGACGGCGAAACUCAUCGCGUCGGCGAAAUGUUUCAUUCUUUCUCUCUGCCUUCCUGGAAACUUCUCGACUUUCAGUUGGGUCGCGGACAAGAUCUUCACCAAGAAAUGCACGGAUGAAGGCGCCACCGUAAUCCUCAACUGCAUCAUCGACGAGAAGACCAUCCUCAACGUCGACAAUGAGAUAACGAUUGGCAAGAAGGUGAGUGAAAGUGGAAUUUCUGUUACCUGUAUAUUCAAAUUUCUCCAGAUCUACAAAUGUUACCGCAAGAAGGAAGAGAGCCGUGUCUACUAUGAAGUUCGAAACAUCUAA